CGCCGCCCGGGGAGCGGCGCUGCGGCCCCGCGGCGCUGAGGGGCGGCCUCGCCUCUGCGCCCGCUCGGCGGCCGGCCCCGGGGCGGGGGCAGAGCCCUGCGCCGCGCCGAGCAUGCGAGUGCCGCCGGGGCGGGCUGCAGCGGCCGGGGGGCGUCUGCGGCGGCCAGCGGAGCCGGAGCCGGAGCCGGGGGAGGCGGCGGAGCCAUGCUGCUGGCCUCGGCCGUGGUGGUGUGGGAAUGGCUGAACGAGCACGGGCGGUGGCGGCCCUACAGCCCGGCCGUCAGCCACCACAUCGAGGCGGUGGCCCGCGCCGGGCCGCGAGCGGGCGGCAGCGUGGUGCUGGGCCAAGCCGACAGCCGCCUGGCGCCCUACAUCAUCGACCUGCAGUCCAUGCACCAGUUCCGCCAGGACACCGGCACUAUCCGUCCUGUCCGGCGCAGCUACUAUGACCCAUCAUCAGCACCAGGCAAGGGAGUCGUGUGGGAGUGGGAGAACGACAGUGGGUCCUGGACACCGUACGACAUGGAUGUGGGCAUCACCAUCCAGCGCGCCUAUGAGAAGCAGCACCCCUGGGUGGACCUAAGUGCCAUUGGCUUCUGCUACGUCAUCGAUUUUGCCACCAUGGGCCAGAUCAACCGUCAGACCCAGCGCAAGCGACGCGUCCGUCGUCGCCUUGACAUGGUCUACCCCCUGGUCUCAGGCACCCUGCCCAAGUCACAGUCCUGGCCAGCCAGCCCUGGGGCAGCGGCAGCCCCCCCGGUCCCUGCCUGCGCCUGUCCCCAGUGCCUCCUGGUCAUGAGCGUCAAAGCCACUGUGUCAGCCGCUGGUCCCGGCACUGCCACCCUGCAGUCCCGCAAAGCCCCUGCUGUGCCACCUGCUGCCCCCAAAGCCCCAGCGCCGGCCCCAGGGACCAAGGCGCCCGACAGUAUGGCCGCAGUGCGUGGCUCGCUGAAGCCACUGGCAGCCCAAGGGAGCCGGCGUCAGGCAGCCAGCACGCCCGCCUUGAGCUCAGCCAGCUCCAACGCCAGCCCCCCCGGCACCGGCAGUGGCAAGGCAUCCCGUCCUGGCCUUGGCACCCUGAACCGCAACCACCUCCAGCGCCUGGCCAUUGCCCAGUCCCGGGUGCUCAUCGCCUCUGGAGUCCCCACCGUCCCCGUGAAGAACCUCACUGGCUCCAGUCCCGUCAACCCAGCGCUGGCAGGGAUCACAGGGAUCCUAAUGAGUGCAGCUGGGCUGCCCGUCUGCCUGACACGGCCCCCCAAGCUGGUGCUGCACCCCCCACCAGUCAGCAAAAGCGAGAUCCAGUCCAUCCCCGGCAUCUCCCACACCUGCCGCAAGACCACCAAGAAACAGGCCAAGAAGGGCAAAACCCCGGAGGAGGUACUGAAAAAAUACCUGCAGAAGGUGCGGCAUCCACCGGAUGAGGACUGCACCAUCUGCAUGGAACGCCUCUCUGCACCCUCCGGCUACAAGGGACCCCAGCCGGCCAUCAAGCCCGACCUGGUGGGGAAGCUGGUGAAAUGCGGCCACGUCUUCCACCUCCACUGCCUGGUCGCUAUGUACAACAAUGGCAACAAGGAUGGGAGCCUCCAGUGUCCCACCUGCAAAACCAUCUAUGGGGUGAAGACGGGGACACAGCCCCCGGGAAAGAUGGAGUAUCACAUCAUCCCUCAUGCGCUGCCUGGCCACUCUGACUGCAAAACCAUCCGCAUCAUCUACAACAUCCCCCCAGGGGUGCAGGGACCGGAGCAUCCAAACCCCGGGAAGAGCUUCACUGCCCGCGGCUUCCCCCGGCACUGCUACCUGCCAGACAGCGAGAAGGGCAGAAAGGUACUGAAAUUGCUGCUGGUAGCCUGGGAUCGGCGCUUGAUCUUCGCCAUCGGGACUUCAAGCACCACAGGCGAGUCAGACACGGUGAUCUGGAACGAGAUCCACCACAAGACAGAGUUUGGCUCCAACCUCACUGGCCACGGCUACCCUGACAUCAACUACCUGGACAAUGUCCUCGCUGAGCUCGCGGCCCAGGGCAUCACGGAGGAGAGCCUGGCACAGGAGAAGGACUGAGACCACGUCAGGGAGGCAAGGGAAGGGGCACCCAUGUCCUCGCCCACAAGGAUAAAGCUGCUGGAGAAACCUGUCUGGGGAGGGCUUUGCAGGGGACACCUGGGGCUCCCUGCUCCCGGUGGCACCCACCCAGCGGGAGCAUCUCCAGUCUGGGGACGCGGGAGAAGGUCCUUUUGACCAGCCCCUUCACUCCCCUGGGAAGGGAGCCUCCCCCCACAGAGCCGCGGGGCUUCACGCCGGCUUGGCGCUUCUGUCUGGCCAGUGUCCUAUCCCUGCUGCUGCCACGCUGAGGGCUUGGGGGGUGCCAGGCUGCCCCUCCCUCCGCAUCCGUCCCACGGUCCCAGCCUGGCCCGGUGCCCCUGACACCCACCUGUGGCUGGGACCUGGCCUGGGGUGGGAGGGGGGGGAUCGUGGGAGUCCCCCUCGCUCUGCCUUGUCCCUCAGCCAUUUAUUCGUUUGUUUGUCUUGUCCGGUACCUCCCCACUGGUCUCCUGUGUCCAUGGAGGCUGGGGGUGGGGGCACGGUCUGCCUCAGCUGGCCCCCCAGUCCCGUGCGCCCUUCUCCUCCUGGCUAUGUCUGAGCUGUGCCCUGCAGGGUCCCCUUAUCUGGGCUGCCCCCGCCCCAGCCGGGUAGGGGGCUGUGGGUGGUAGAAAGUUGGGGCGGGGGGGGACAUGUUUACUGGCCUGUCUCCCCCCUGCCCCAUAGUGGGUUCCUUGAACUGUUCGUAUGGGGGCGUCCCCGCGUUGAAUUUUUAUAUACCUCGUGUUUUGGGGUUUUGUCGUAUAUAUGUACAUAUAGGUGGUGGCGUUCUGGGAGGUGGCCUGGGGGCUGGGAGAAUGGGAUGCUGCGGCUGGACUGGGGACUGCAGUGGCGCUCGGGGAGGAGACGCAACAGGGGCAGUGCCGUUCCCCUACUCUGGGGACCCCUCCCAGCCCCAAAGGGGUCAGUGCCUCACAGUGGGGCUGUCACCUGUGGGUCCCUGGGGGGCCAGACACAGGUGUGGUGGGCUCCGUUCCCCUUCCUGCUGCGUGCCAGCACCAUCCGCAGAGGUCCCUUGUGGGGCUGGGAGGAGGCUGCUGCUGGCGGUGGGUUGGCACAGCAGUUCUGGGCUGGGGCGGGGGGGUUGGCAUGGGGAAGGGAGUGUGGGUGAUGGGGGCAGGGGAGGGGUUGUUGCAUGGCAUCUUGGGUCCCUGCCAGCCCCCAGGGGACUUCACAGAGGCCCUUUCAGACCCUCUUGUGAUGAGGUGCCGGGCAGGUGGCCACGGCCUUGGGGGCUGCCCUGGGGGCUGGCUGUGCUCAUGCCCCUGUCCCAUAGGACCCCCAGCAUUGGAGAGUGGAAUCAGGGGCAGCACCUGCUGCUGCCUAGGCUGCCCCUAGCCCCGCACUGGUGCUCCCUGGGGGACUGUGGCCUCCCAGCCUGUUUUGUUGCAUUCCCCUCCUGUUUUCCUGGGGGGGUCACCUCGCCCUCUGUCCCAGGGGACGGUGGUGUGGGAGGGGGACCUGUCCUGCUGUGCACGGUUCUGUUGUCGUCGCUGUUUUUCCUCUCCCUAGCCCGGGGACGCAUGGCCCCCAGCUGGCUGCCCCAUGGGGAGGGGGGGUCAAUAAAGCGGAUGGCAGGGGACGCUUGCUGUCCCUGCACG